GUUGACCUGGCGUUUCAUGUUAAAACCGGUCAAACUGAAGCACAACCCGAAGGUGACGGUAGUUAGCUUAGCAUAAACGCUCUCUGACUAACUUUGUUUACAAGCCGCGCUUCUCCAGGUCUGAGUCCUCCUGUAAAGCCACAAAUCAGAAAGGUAUGCAAGCAGGUGUGAUGCCAAAAAAGUGGCAAGUGCGGGGCUGUUUUCAGUACAGAUAAGCCUUGAGGCAAACCGAAACAACCAUAGAGACUUUCUCCGUCCGCUGGGUAUAAAAAUAUUGCGACGCAGCGACGAAACGAAAGCUUCUAGGACCUGCCCACAGCUUCACGCUCGCCUGCUGUGAACUAGGUGAAGUAAGAGACAGUGCAGCAACAGCAGGAGCCGCUUUUACGAGCAGCCCCGCGCACUAGGAGUGUGUGCAGGUAGCACGGAUACUGGUCACUUUUAGUUUAUGACCUGAGUGGGAAGGUGUGCUUUUCAGUGGUGCCGAAGGCUCAGCGUGACGCCAAAGAGGAACCCUGGGAGAAUCGGUUCAUUUUCAGAUUGGUUUCUCCUUCAGGUACCAAGGUGAGUUCCGCUGAGAUUGACGUCUCCUCUUCAGGGGAAAAGCGACCAACUUAGGCGGAAAACGCAGUGACCUCAACACACACAGAAGAUGUGAACUUCUUAAAGCCUAUAUAUAGGCUAUUCCAGCCCUCAUGGCUCUGUAGACGUCUUAAAGCUGUUGAUGAGCCAAGGUGGAGAAAAGCGAUGGAGGAAAAGACUCAGAACUUGGCCAGAUUUGUCUCCUGGAUCAGUGGGCUCUGCAUGAUCCUGGGUUCAGCCUCGUCUCCAGCACCCACUGUUACCCACUGUGAACUUUUGGAGCAUGCAAACAUCACUUGUUACUGGACGGCGGUCAGUUCAGAGGGCACCAGCUACAAGCUGUCAGUCAACAUGACGUAUUGUUUGAAUUAUACAAAUUACAUGCCCAUGGGCUCCUGCUACACAACACGCACUCAUUGUUCAGUGAACAUUGGGUCGGUGUCUCACUGCUUUUGUGUGGAUGUGCUGGCAUCUUCUCCAUCUGAAACUGCCAGAUCAACUCGUCACUGCCUCAUUGGGAUCAAUGAAGUUAAGAUGUAUCCUCCGCGAAUCACAAAGCUUGUUAUGAUACCAGUCAAAGUCCACUGUCUGAAGCUGGAGUGGACUGAAGACAUCUUCUUGCAGUCUGAAAAGGACCAUAGCAUCUUACAGAUAGAGUACAGCAGUCCUCAUCAGGACCAGUCCUGGACAGUUAGCACAGCCCUUCACAACUGGCAGAUGGAGCUAUGUGGGUUAUAUCCAGGUACCCUGCACUAUGUGAAGGUCCGAGCACAGAACAGUAGAGCCCCCAAGCACUGGAGCUCCUGGAGCGCUGUCCGAGAAGCCACCACAGCAGAGGCUGCCCCAUCAGCUGCCCCAGAGAUAUGGAGACACAUCCAGCCAGUAGAUGAAAAAGGACAAAGAUACAUCACUUUGCUUUGGAAGCCUCUUCAGUGGCCUGACAGUAAUGGUGUAAUACUGCACUAUUCUGUAUCGUGCUGGAGUGACCUGGACCGGUCCCGCUGGAACUGUCAUCAUCUGGACACAUCUAGCACGUCAUGUGUCCUUCAUGUUUCCGCCCAACCCUGUACCUGCAACCUGACUGCAUCUAAUUCUGCUGGCACAUCACCAUCAGCACAUAUACACAUACCUGGAGAUGGAGACACAGUGCUCCCACCUCCUGCAGACAUCAGUGUCACCCCGCUAGACGACUUCCAGCUGAAGGUGGACUGGACAGCAGCAGUGGACCAAUCAGAGGCCAGCUUUGUGGUAGAGUGGUUUCCCAUACCAAACAACACAGCUGACAGUUUAUAUUGGAAAAUUUUGAAUGGGUCUGCAAGGAGCUUUAUUGUCACAGAUGGAAUACUUCCUGAGGUCCCCUAUAAUGUGUCUGUUCAGAUCCUUUACAAAAAGGCAGUUGGACUUGCAAGAUUCGCCGUUGCCUUUACUAGACAAGGAGCGCCCUCCGUUGGCCCAACUGUGGAAGUGCUGCAAAUAGCAAACAACCAUGUGACUCUGAAGUGGGAAGCUGUUCCUUUGGAGAAGCUGCGUGGAUUCAUCCAAAACUACACAAUCCUAUAUAAAACCAAUGGCAAAGUGAAAUCUCAAGUGCUUGGGGGCCAUGUUAAGGAGUAUUCUCUGAGUGGUCUGUCGGCUGGAGAGUACGCCAUCUGUAUGAAGGCCCACACUGAGGCAGGGGGCGCUAUAGGCCCAUGGGUGAUUGUGGCUGUAGGUAAUGAUUACUCUCUGUUGGUGGCCAUGCCAUUGUGCGCUGUUGGCAGUUUGUUGAUUAUAAUAAUCUUGCUAAGCCAGGUUGAAAGGAUUCAACAGCGCCUCUGUCCAGCUGUUCCUGACCCCUCUAAAAGCAGCCUGUCCACCUGGCCACCUGUUUCUCAAAGCCAGCAUAAGCUAACAGUCUUGGACUUCAAACCAUCCCCCUCUCUCUUUGAGCUCAUCUAUGUGGGAGGAAAGUCCGGCCAUUGGGAUCACCACCACCAAGAUCACAGCCGAGUCUCUGCUUUAGGCUACCAGUCUGUACCAAUCAAGUCAGUCAGCCAUGAAAGCAAAUCCUUUGCCAUCUUCCAAAGGCCAGUAGUAGCCAAAACAGAGGAGCAAGAGGCUGAACAGCCACUCAGUGAACUGAAUGCUGAAGAUUUGAGUGACCAUCUAACUGUUGACCUCGACUACAAGGGCAAAGUGGAGACAGCACCGCAGUGUUGCCUCCAAACUCAAGUAUCUUUUAGUUAUCCGACAGUCUCUGAGUCCUAUCUUGGAAUGGAUGUAGUGGGCUCACCUUUACGUAGGGACUGUGUGUCAAGAUUUGACUCCUGUUCUCAAAUCCAUGUAUCAUCUAGAUGUCCAUCAGAUCCUGAGUCCUCUCUUGGAGUGGAUGCAAUUGACCUUGUCUAUAACAGGAACGUUAAGUCAAGAUUAGAGUCCUCUUGCUAUCCUUUUGUGUCUACUAGUUAUCUUCCAGUCCCUGAUUCCUAUGCCAAUAUUGGAGUGGAGGCCGAAGAUUCAACUAAUCUUAUCCAGAGAAGUAACCAUUUGUCUAGACUGGAACCCUGUUGUUACACCCAUGUAUCUACUACUUACCUCCCAUUCCCCAAGCCUUCUCUUGCCUAUGCGGAUUUUGUGAUGGAGACGGUGGACACAACUGAGCAUCUCCAUCAAAGUAGCCUCGUGUCAAAAAUGCAAUCCGAUUCUUACAUUUGUUUACCUAUGGGAACAAAGGUAGUAGAAUCAUCUAACAAUCAACAAGUGUGUCAGUCAUCAUGCAAGUGUACAAAUUUGAAAAUGGUGGACAUGUAUAGGGUUUUGGGCCCUGAUGAGCAUCCACGUCUGUUGCAGUUUUCCUUACAGAGGCACAGCACUGGGGACGCAUCAGAUCUGCUAGGGUUGUGAAAAUGAACAGCUCACUCAUAUGGACUGUAGCUGAUCUGUUAGCAGAGCAUACAUCAGACAUUCACAGCACACCUCAGUUAAAUCACGCAUUUGAUUAAGCAUGAUGUUAUUGCAUGAAUGUGGUGCAUGCUCCAGUUGCAUUCCUGGGGUACUCAGUGGACACUUGGCUUUUAUUUGCCAUCAGUCAGCAACUGAUGAACUGUCUCUGAUCAGAUCAGACUUUGAUGAGGUGCCAAACUGUAGCACUGGCUGCUUGUGUGAUUGGAGAGCUUCCUCUGAUGCCUAAUCACAUUCCUGAGUACAAAAAGCAAAAAGUAGUGUGUCGAGUUCUGGCCUCACCUCACAAUGUUCUUUUUAACGCACAUUCCGAAAGCUCAGCCCAGGAACAGAUUUUUGACAUGCCCUUCAAGGUCAUUUGGCUUAAAGUGUCUUGUGCUAACAGAGUAAGCUGCAGUGUUUGUCACGCAUAUGCCCAACUCAUGCUGACACGAGCGAUCGGUCAUUUGUAUAGGGAUAUUGGUAGGGUUGGGUGGUAUAAUAUAAAUAAAGUACACCUUGGUUAGAGGUUUGCUAUAAUAUAAAACGAUAACAGUAAAACAGUUCAAUUGAAUAGUCAUUCUAAGGAGUUGCAAAGCAAGUGAUCAUGUAAACAGCACACUAACUCUAGUAGCUUACAGAGGCAGCAGAGCUUUCAGUCCAACAGGCACAGCAAAACACCAAAAAUAACUGUUCUGUGGUUUAAUUCCUGCUUUGAACAACCCCAAUUCCAAUGAAGUUGGAA